GGAUGAGAAUGGAGGACAAGUUGCAGAAGCAGGAAGCCAGCGUGUGCCUGCCCGGCUGAUAGAUAACUUGCGCGAAGACCGCUUUGCAUCUCCCUGUUAAGUUUCUCAGAGGCGGAAUCUGUUCCCACCCUGCAUGCUUUCUCACCGCAUUUUGUGUGUGUGCGUGCUUGCAGUCGUGCUUUCACCCAUUGCUGCUCCGUCGGACUGUUUGUUGCAAACCAAUAUAGCCGGUGAUGUCAUGAGUGGCAUGUGAACCGGAGCUCUCGCUGCUUAGGCAACCGCUCCCGCAGAAGGCAAAACAGGAGGAGACGCUGCGAGUCUUCCUUGGCUUGGAGACAUCGCUCGCCUCUGCUGCGUUUCAUGCGUUAAGGCCCCUCUCUCCGCCCCCUUUGCAGUUUAUUUCAAGUUUAUUUAUUUUUCCAGUGCUCUCUAACAGAAGCCUCGUGCUCAUCGCGGUCGGGGAAGGAGCGCCGCCGCAGCUACGCCCGGCUCACGGUUGUUAGGAGGAUGUCGGAAGGAUGCGGAAAGGAUGGUGAUAACAAAGUUUAGGAAGCGAGUCGGACGAAGUGAAGCUGCAGGAAUUGGGCAGGGCCGUGAUUCUGGCGGAAGAUGGCAAGGACCAGCCACAGCAGCUAUGUCCUCCAGCAGCUCAACAACCAAAGAGAGUGGGGUUUUCUCUGCGACUGCUGCAUUGCGAUUGACGACAUCUACUUCCAGGCACACAAAGCCGUCCUUGCCGCCUGCAGCUCUUAUUUCAGGAUGUUUUUCAUGAGCCAGCAGCACAGCACGGCGCAACUGAACCUCAGCAACAUGAAGAUCACGGCCGAGUGCUUUGAUCUCAUUUUGCAGUUCAUGUAUCUGGGGAAAAUCGCGACGGCCCCCAACAACUUUGAGCAGUUCAAGGUGGCCAUGAACUCGCUGCAGCUGUACAACGUGCCGGAAUGUCUGGAAGACAUACAGGACACAAACUCCUCGGGUUUGCGGUGCUCCUCUUCCGCUUCCAGCACCCAAAAUAGCAAAAUGGUCUUUGGCGUGCGGAUGUACGAAGAGACGCUGGCCCGAAGCGGGAGUGAAGCGAGCAGGUGCGGUGCAGAGCCUCCAAGUUCGACGGUGAGCACAUCCCAGAGCAGGGAGGUCAGCGACGAAGCUCUGCGGCUGAGCAGCUUAUCCGAGCAGCCGUUGGAGAGCUGCAAAGGGAGCGUUGUGCGCAAGGCCUCUGGCGCCAAAGACCGAGUGUCCAUAUCGCGCCGCUUUGGGAGGAGCUUCACCUGCGACAGCUGCGGCUUCAGUUUCAGCUGCGAGCGGCUGCUGGAUGAGCACAUCAUGUCCUGCACGAACAGGCACUCCUAUCAGAACGCCAGGUAUUACGGGGCCGAUAAGAAAGACGGCGGCGAGAGAGACUCCGCCCAUAAAACCCCAUCUCCCCAGCUGGACGAAUUCAAAGCAGAGGCAAGCCAAGCGACGGAUGGGUCAUCCUCCCCAGCGUCGAAUGUAACUAGCGGGAAAGGCACUAGCGUUUCACUGGAGGCGCUGGGCAAACAGCGGAGUCGAGCCACGGAGAGGAAAAGGAUCAUUGUCAAGGUGGAGCCAGAGGACAACCCCAUCGACGAUCUGAAAGAGUUUAACAUUAUUAAGGUGACCGACGGCAACGAUUCCACUGACAACGACGACCUGGAUGAUGAUGACCCGGUUUACAGGUACUACAUUGAGGAAGAGGUCAGUGAAAACAGGCGUGUUAGGAAAGCUUUCUUAAAACCCCACAUGCCUAUUGAUGAGGAGGCCAGGAAAUAUUUUAGAAGCGCCAGGAUCCUUAACAGUAAAGUCAGUGCCGUCGAGGAGGGCCCGGAAAAUGCGUCCUGUGAACUGUGCGGGCAGACAAUCACUGAGGAAGACCUCUCUUCUCAUUACUUGUCCAAGCACAUAGAAAACAUAUGUGCGUGUGGGAAAUGUGGCCAGAUAUUGGUGAAAGGGCGCCAGUUGCAGGAUCAUGCGCAGUCCUGCGGGGAGCCCCAAGACUUGACCACCAAUGGCUUAAGGAACAUGGAGGAGAAAAUUGACUUGGAAGAAAGCCCCGAGGAGCAAUCUGAAAUCCAGGAGAUGAUGUACGUGGAGAUGCUGGAUGAGUUCGGAGACGGCCAUUUCCAGAUGAACAGUCUUCCGAAGAAACAGCUCUACAGGGAUUCAGCUUGCCCUUUCCGGUGCCCUAACUGCGGCUUGCGUUUUGAGACGGAGAAUUUGGUGGUUGAACACAUGUCCAGCUGCCUGGAUCAAGAUCUGUUCAAGAAUGCCAUGAUGGAAGAGAAUGAAAGAGACCAUCGACGCAAGCAUUUCUGCAAUCUUUGUGGGAAGGGCUUUUAUCAGCGUUGCCACUUACGGGAACACUACACGGUGCACACCAAGGAAAAACAGUUUGCUUGUCAGACAUGCGGCAAGCAGUUCCUAAGAGAGCGCCAGUUGCGCCUUCACAACGACAUGCACAAGGGCAUGGCCAGGUAUGUCUGCUCCAUUUGUGACCAAGGAAACUUCCGGAAGCAUGAUCAUGUCCGGCACAUGAUAUCCCACCUGUCAGCUGGAGAGACAAUAUGCCAGGUCUGCUUUCAGAUUUUCCCAAAUAACGAACAACUCGAGCAGCACAUGGAUGUUCACCUCUAUACAUGUGGCGUAUGUGGCGCCAAAUUUAAUCUGAGGAAAGAUAUGAGAUCUCAUUAUAAUGCCAAACAUUUGAAAAGAACAUGAAUGCAUAAUAACGCUUAUUGGCAAGAACUACAACAAAAGCAAGUGGAACACCAAAGCAUAGCAAACAAUCAUACAUUUUUAAAAAAAUUAAAUUGCCUGUUUUGAAAUGUUCUGGUUUUGUUUGUUUGUUUAAAAGAACCUUUAAAUCAUGUGCUUCUUCAUUUAGGCUGCAAUCCUAUGCUCACUUACCUGGAAGUAAGCCCCAGUGAACUUAAUGGGACUUUCUUCUAAGUAAAUAGUUAUGGAAUUGCACUGUUAGGGUAUUAAAGUUCAUAAAAAGCACCAAAUGUUUAAUUAUUGCAUUUUUACUCUUGCCUCAUGUUAAGUUCUGUUUCUGUGUUUUCCCCCCUGCUUUCUUAAGUAGAUGAAUCAAAUCAUUAUUUUUAAACUCUAGACUUCAAAAGCACACUGUAGUAUUACCUGAAUCACCGGUUUCUAUUAAACAGCUUCUCAGUUCCAUCAA